CUUUACAAAACACCACCACCAACCCACUUUCUCAAACUUCUGGCUGGAGCUGUGAACAACAUUCUACAGCUUCUUCGACUCUCGAUUCGAAAACAGCAGCCUGCCAACAUCAACUGACAUCUUCGAACAGGACACGAUUCCAUACGACACCUUUCCCCGUAACCCGAACCCAAUCAAUCCGCCAAGAUGACGCUCUACUACAGUCUCGUCUUCCUCUUGCUCGUAGCAGAGAUGGCACUAUUCAUCCUCCUAAUCAUCCCCCUCCCGUUCACGAUCCGUCGAAAGAUGUUUACCUUCAUAAGCGAGAGUCCAUUGGUGGCAAAACUCCAAUAUGGGAUGAAGAUUACAUUCAUCUUUAUCCUGAUCCUCUUCGUUGAUAGCUUAAACCGCGUUUACCGUGUACAAAUCGAGCUUGCCGAGUCAAACAAGCAGCAAGGUGCCGCUGUCCUCGGCCACGAACGCAUGGAAGUCCAAGCCCGGAAGUUCUACUCCCAGCGUAACAUGUACCUCUGCGGCUUCACGCUCUUCCUCUCCCUGAUCCUCAAUCGCACCUACACCAUGAUCCUCGACGUGCUCCGCCUCGAAGAGAAGGUCAAGAAGUACGAAGGAGACCCAAAGGCUAGCGGAAAGCAGGCCGAUAAGUUGGCAAAUGCGGGCAAUGCUGGGGAGAUUGGCAAGCUGAAGAACCAAUUGGCCGAGAAGGAUAGGGAUAUUGAGACCCUGAAGAAGCAGGCAGCCGGGUUGAGCCGCGAGUAUAAUGAUCUAAGUGAUAAGUACGGCGCGACGAACCCGGAUAGCACCCCCAAGAAGGAUAGGUAGAUGCUUGUUUCAUCCAUCCCUCAAUAAUUGGAGAGGCUCUAGGGUGUAGAUCAGGGUGCUAGGAGAGUUGCUAGAGGAGGGGUGGAAUGAGGGAUUUGGAGGUGUGGAGAU